AGUUACAUGUUGAAGACACUGGUGAAAUGUUACCCAAGUCUCGACGUGCACUCACUAUUCAUGAAAUUACGGCCCUUGCUCGCUCCUCUCUACAUGGAAUCUCCCAGGUGGUGAAGGAUCAUGUGACCAAGCCUACAGCCAUGGCUCAGGGACGCGUGGCUCAUUUGAUUGAGUGGAAGGGCUGGAGCAAACCCAGUGACUCACCAGCUGCACUGGAGACUCACUUCAAUUCAUACUCACACUUAAGUGAGGGAGAACAGGAGGCCAGGUUUGCUGCAGGCGUAGCUGAGCAGUUUGCUAUAGCAGAAGCUAAACUCCGUGCCUGGUCAUCAAUUGAUGGAGAAGAUUCCACAGAUGAUUCAUAUGAUGAAGAUCUGCAGCCCUCUAUGGACCAUUCUCAACCUGCAGAUUUUCUAAGUCCUGUGCAGAAGGAUCUGGUGUCAUCCCGUGUAUGCUGCUGUGACAGUGACUCCUCACGUACCUUGUCUCCUGAAACCCUGUGCUCCAGUCUGUGCAGCCUAGAUGAAGAACAGCUGCUCUUGGGGUCUCCAACACAGCUGCUUGAAGAGUCUUUGCUCAUCAAGCCUCAGUCAGUCCUAGGUCCCUAUGAUCGCCUUCAAGAUCUGGAAUGUGAGGACUCUUCAUAUUCCAUGUCCUUCUCUGAGUCUUGCUUAAGCCCCAGUGAGGACGAGCUAAUUUCCUUCCCUCCAAUAAGUCGAGGGUCAGGCAUGCUUACUUUGCAAAGAAAGGGCUCAGAUGUGGUGUCCUCUGGGGUGGUAUCUCUAGACGAAGAUGAAGAAGACCAACCCUGA